CAUUUUUGCUUGGGGUAGUGAUAGAGAAAGAGAAGGAAAGAAACCGGUCCAAAGCAUGUUUGAGUUGUGAUUUGUGAAGCCGAAGAAAGGAAAACUGAGAGGAUUGGGGUUAGGGAUUGGGAAUCAUGUAAUGUUCCAAUCUCAACCUCUGUUCUGUUUGGUCUCUUCCACCCCCCUUUGACCUUUCUUGCACCCGCCAAUACACCAAUUUGGGCCAACUCAACUUCAUAGUCAACUCUGAUGAUGACACCGUUUGGGAACUAGGGUUUAAGAAAGCUUUUGUUUUUGGAUUACUUGGAUUGUGCUGGAUACUCUAAUCAUAUGAUUCUGAGAAGACUUGGUGACAUGACGAUAUCCAAAAGGAAGUACACUCGAGUCGACACUUUGGAGCUGAAGGCACUACUUGGCCGGAGGGUUGGUCAUCAGAGAGCUGACAAGUACUUUGAUCAACUCAGAAGAUUGUUCAGUUCAAAGAUCAGCAAAUCAGAGUUCGACAGGGUUUGCAUCAUGGUCAUUGGGAGGGAAAACAUCCCUCUUCACAACCAGUUCAUUAGGGCAAUUCUCAAGAAUGCUUGUCUCGCCAAAGUCCCGCCGCCGAAGCCGAGAGGUUCUGCCAGAGUGGGAAGUGUUUCCAGUGUGGAAGUUUCUAAUGGGAGGCAAAGCAGCUCUAUCCUAACACCAUCAGGGGAUGCAUUAUCCCGGUUAGCUGCACAAGAUCCCAAGUUCAAAGCCCGCCAAAAUUCUCUUGGCAAGCAACAAAGUCUGGCAUCUGAUGAAUUUGCCUUCAAGACACAAGAGCAGCAGAGUGCAACUGAACUGAAUUCCCUUGACAGUAGAGCUCCUGUUUCUGUUGAAGAUGGAGAAGAAGUUAGACAAACGGCUGGAAGCCCCGGCAUCCAAAGCAGGAGCCCAGUUACAGCACCCCUUGGUAUAUCCAUGAAUUUAGGUUGCAAUCGGAAGCUUGCAUCAAAUGUAUCUUUAUGUAGUAAAUAUUAUCCCGAGACCUGUCACAGCAUGGGAGAUCUCCCCGACACGAGAUCUUUGAGGAGUCGGUUAGAGCAGAAGUUGGAGAAGGAAGGUUUAACUGUCACAGUGGAUUGUGUAAAUCUUUUGAAUAAUGCAUUGGAUUCAUAUAUGAAGAGGUUGAUUGAAUCCUCCCUGGUUUUCGCUGGGUCAAGAGUUGGAAACGAGCAAAUAAGGCUGCCGAGUCGACAGCUGAUUAAUUCAAACGGAAUGCUACCAAGAAGGUACAUGCAAACAGCACCUAGAUUGGCCAAAGCAUCAAUCUUGGAUUUUUGUCUUGCGAUGGAGCUAAAUCCGCAAGUUCUUGGACCAGAUUGGCCGAUGCAGCUUGAGAGGAUUUCCAUACGUGCUUCUGAAGAAUGAAGCCUUUGUUAUCAAUAGAUAAGAAAUUUGCUAGUAGAUGAAAUCAACAGGGAGGAGUUAGUUGCCAAGAUUUGUUGAAUGGUUAGAACUUAGAAUGUUGAAUUGUUUUCUUCAGCUGACAUAACUUCGCAAUUUUGUCUAGGCCUGAAGUCGCACAAUUUGCCAAAUCUGAAUAAGCUAUAGUAAUUUAGUUAUUAAGAUUGGUCAUUGUUUGGUAGUAGUCAUGUUUAUACAAAAAUGUGUACUUUCUACAUAGGAUUAGGUUAAUUGUUUCAAGAGUCAACAGAAUUUUCAA